CCAGAGAACACACACAGGAGAGAAACCUUAUAGCUGUGGUCAAUGUCGGAAGAGUUUUUGUACAUCUGGCCAUCUGGCAACACACCGGAGAACACACACAGGAGAGAAACCUUAUAGCUGUAAUCAAUGUGGGAAGUUUCGGUACAUCUGGGUGUCUGACAAAACACUGGAGAACACACACAGGAGAGAAACCUUAUAGCUGUGAUCAAUGUGGGAAGAGUUUUACUACAUCUAGCUAUCUAACUAUACACCAGAGAACACACACAGGAGAGAAACGAUAUAGCUGUGGUCAAUGUGGAAAGGGUUUCGGUACAUCUGGCUGUCUGACAAAACACCAGAGAAUACACACAGGAGAGAAACCUUACAGCUGUGAUCAAUGUGGGAAGAGAUGUUCUACAUCUGGCCAUCUAACUAUACACCAGAGAAUACACACAGGAGAGAAAUCUUACAUCUGUGAUCAAUGUGGGAAGAGUUUUGCUGAAUCUGGCAAUCUGACUAUACACAAGAGAAUACACACAGGAGAGAAACCUUAUAGUUGUGGUCAAUGUGGAAAGAGUUUUACUCAGUCAACCAGCCUGACAUCACACCAGAGAACACACACAGGAGAGAAACCUUAUAGCUGUGGUCAAUGUGGGAAGAGUUUUUGUACAUCUGGCCGUCUGGCAACACACCGGAGAACACACACAGGAGAGAAACCUUAUAGCUGUGAUCAAUGUGGGAAGAGUUUUGGUACAUCUGGGUGUCUGACAAAACACCGGAGAACACACACAGGAGAGAAAUCUUAUAGCUGUGAUCAAUGUGGGAAGAGUUUUGGUACAUCUGGGUGUCUGACAAAACACCGGAGAACACACACGGGAGAGAAACCUUAUAGCUGUGAUCAAUGUGGGAAGAGUUUUACUACAUCUAGCUAUCUAACUAUACACCAGAGAAUACACACAGGAGAGAAACCUUAUAGCUGUGAUCAAUGUGGGAAGAGUUUUGGUACAUCUGGGUGUCUGACAAAACACCGGAGAACACACACAGGAGAGAAACCAUACAGCUGUGAUCAAUGUGGGAAGAGAUGUUCUACAUCUGGCAAUCUGACUAUACACAAGAGAAUACACACAGGAGAGAAAUCUUACAUCUGUGAUCAAUGUGGGAAGAGUUUUGCUGCAUCUGGCAAUCUGACUAUACACAAGAGAACACACACAGGAGAGAAACCUUAUAGCUGUGAUCAAUGUGGGAAGAGUUUUGGUACAUCUGGGUGUCUGACAAAACACCGGAGAACACACACAGGAGAGAAAUCUUUUAGCUGUGAUCAAUGUGGGAAGAGUUUUACUCAGCUAAGCAACAUGAUAACACACCAGAGAACACACACAGGAGAGAAACCUUAUAGCUGUACUCAAUGUGGGAAGAGUUUUACUCAUUCAACCAGCUUGAAAUUACACCAGAGAACACACACAGGAGAGAAACCUUAUAGCUGUAAUCAAUGUGAGAAGAGUUUUUCUUCAUUAGGCCUUCUGACUGUACACCAGAGAAUACACAUAGGAGAGAAAUCUUAUUGCUGUGAUCAAUGUGGGAGAAGUUUUACUCAGCUAGGCAGCCUGGUAUCUCACCAGAGAACACACACAGGAGAGAAACCGCAUAGAUGUAAUCAAUGUGGGAUGAGAUACUCUGAUAAAAGAUCUCUGACUAAACAUCAGAAAAUACAUGUUGUUUCAUGAUAUCAAUAAAAUAAUGUAGAAUGUUUUUAGUCACGUCACAAUGUAGAAUGUUUUAACAUUGUAGUAGCAGUAUUCUAAUGAUGUCACAAUGUAGAAUGUUAUAACAUUGUAGUAGGAUUAUGUUAAUGAUGUCACAAUGUAGAAUGUUAUAACAUUGUAGGAGCAGUAUUCUAAUGAUGUCACAAUGGAGCACCCUAAACGUUUGCUCUGAAUUGAAAGAGUGCUAUUUAUGAGAUUUAACAAAAAGUGACUAUCAAAAAAAGAGUUUUGAUUCAAGUUGGUGACCCACUUGAAUCAAAAUGCAAUACUUCAAAAUGUUUAGGUUCUCAAUAUAUCCCAAACUGUUUCUACAUAUUGGUUAUUGAUUUGGACAUGUUAAAACUGUGUUUUGAAAUUGCGCUAUUCCCAUUUAGCAAAAUGUCAUUGAAAAGACGUUGAAAAUAACACUGUAACAUUUAAUAAUCAUAAUUAUUUAUGCAACCAACUGACAAUUUUUGGGUAUAAUUAUAUUGAAAUUGUUGCCCUUCUUUUAGAAUAUCAGGGUUCAUUCUCAGAUGUACCAACCCAAAUGUACUAGAGCAUGACAUUGGGGACUGGGCCCCGAUCCAACAACAUGCCUAUCGAGAUAUUGCAGAUAUUGCUCUUGAAAUCAGACAUGUAUAUCAUGACAUCAAAUACAAUUUGAUUUGAGUUCCCAAGGGGAUGAGAGUUCUAGAAGCUAUUGAGUUUUAGGAUUCUAUAGAAUGAAAAAGGAGAAAAAAAUUAUAUGUCAGGUUUGGAGAUGAGUUUUGUUUGGGCUCGUUCCAAGGGGACGAGAGUUCUAGAAGAUAGUGAGUUUUAGGAAGACGAGAGUUCUAGAAGCUAGUGAGUUUUAGGAAGACGAGAGUUCUAGAAGCUAGUGAGUUUUAGGAAGAGGAGAGUUCUAGAAGCUGGUGAGUUUUAGGAUUCUAUAGAAUGAAAAAGGAGAAAAAAAUAACACGAUUGUAUAUUAUUAUUUAGAAAUAGGUGUUUUUUCUUGUUUUUAAUUGUUGACAGCCAGUAGACACCAUGUUUAUAUUGGUGAAGGUGAAGCAUUGUAGUUGAUUAUGUGAAAUGGAAGUUGUUUUCUGUUGGUGGUGAGCAAACUUGUCCAACAAAAAUAUAGGAUAUAUUUGUUGUCUUGAUGGGGAAGGUGUUCCAGGCUUUGGUUUUUCCAUUUAUGUUUUGAGGUUGGAUUUUAGCACGUAUAGCUCGUUAGCACGUAGGACGCACAGAUUGGUGUCACCUCGUUAGUCAGUAUGUGUUACACCUGUGCUGGCUUGUCCAUCUCGUUAGUGGGAAGGUGUUUCACCUGAGCUGGUCCAGGUUCUAUUUAAGAGUGUCUGGCCCAGUGCUCCAGUUGUCUUGAUAGAUGUGGAGAGUCAACACCUUUAGUUGCUCCACCUUUUUGGUUUGCUUCCUGUUUUUAAGUUUGGUGUGAGUUUUUCUUUUGUUUUCCUCUUCUUGGGCAUAUUUAGUGGGUCUCAUGGUGGGUGUCUUUGAGGUCCCAGUUGUUGUUACUAGUCAACUUUCAGUGGACACCCCAUAGUGACUUUCAGAGCCCAUCCUAAAAAACAAGCUUAUAUUUUUGGAUUGGAUAUUUUAAUAUUUUAAUCAAUGGCAUUUCCUUAGGAUGCUCAUUAGUCUUUAAGUUGGUAUUAUUGUUUUUUAUCCUCUUAUGUUUGUGUACUAAAUAUUCCUGUUUAUUUUCAUUGUUUUCUCCUGAGAAGCCAUUGUGUUGCAUGUCUGAAAUGUGCUGUAUAAAUAAAGCUUGAUUUGAUUUGAACAUAUUG